GCCCUCCCUCGGCCCGUGCGCGUUCUGCCGCCUCCCCGAUCGAGGGUCGCGCGGCACGGGGCCUAGCGGCGGGCAUCUGAGGCCUCGGCGUUCUCAGGGGCAGGUGCGGCCGCGCCGGGCGCCGGGGAGGGCGACGGCCGCCAUGGAGGUGAGCGGGCCGGAAGACGACCCCUUUCUAUCGCAGCUGCACCAGGUGCAGUGCCCCGUGUGCCAGCAGAUGAUGCCCGCCGCGCACAUCAACUCACACCUGGACCGCUGCCUGCUGCUCCACCCCGCGGGGCACGCGGAGCCUGCGGCCGGGCCGCACCGCGCCGGGGAGCGGGCCAAAGGGCCCUCGCCACCUGGCGCCAAGCGGCGGCGGCUGUCGGAGAGCUCGGCGCUGAAGCAACCGGCCACCCCGACGGCGGCAGAGAGCAGCGAGGGCGAGGGCGAGGAGGGCGACGACGGUGGUGAGACCGAGAGCCGGGAGAGCUACGAUGCGCCGCCCACGCCCAGUGGCGCCCGCCUGAUCCCCGACUUCCCGGUGGCCCGUUCCAGCAGCCCCGCGAGGAAGGGGGCGGGCAAGAGGCCGGCUGCCGCGGCCGCAGCGGCGGGGAGCGCGUCUCCGCGCAGCUGGGACGAAGCGGAGGCGCAGGAGGAGGAAGAGGCGGGGGGCGACGGCGAUGGCGACGCGGACGCGGACGGCGAGGACGACCCGGGGCACUGGGACGCGGACGCCGCAGACGCCGCCUUCGGGGCCAGCGGCGGGGGCCGCCCGCAUUCGCGGGCGCUGGCGGCGGAGGAAAUCCGGCAGAUGCUGGAGGGCAAGCCGCUGGCGGACAAGAUGCGACCUGACGCGCUGCAGGACUACAUCGGGCAGAGCCGGGCGGUGGGGCAGGAGACCCUGCUGCGCUCGCUCCUGGAGACCAACGAAAUCCCCUCGCUCAUCCUGUGGGGACCGCCGGGCUGCGGCAAGACCACCCUGGCUCAUAUCAUAGCCAACAACAGCAAGAAACAUAGCAUAAGGUUUGUGACAUUGUCUGCAACAAAUGCCAAGACAAAUGAUGUUCGAGAUGUCAUUAAACAAGCUCAAAAUGAAAAGAGCUUUUUCAAAAGGAAAACCAUCCUUUUUAUUGAUGAGAUUCAUCGGUUCAAUAAAUCUCAGCAGGAUACUUUCCUUCCUCACGUGGAAUGUGGGACGAUCACCCUGAUUGGGGCCACCACUGAAAACCCUUCCUUCCAGGUCAAUGCAGCUCUUCUGAGCCGCUGUCGAGUGAUUGUUCUUGAGAAACUUCCAGUAGAGGCAAUGGUGACUAUUUUAAUGAGAGCAAUCAACUCACUGGGAAUUCAUGUCCUAGACUCUAGCCGUCCCACUGACCCUCUGAGCCACAGCAGCAACAGCAGCUCUGAACCCUCCGUGUUUAUAGAAGAUAAAGCAGUAGAUACUCUUGCUUAUCUCAGUGAUGGGGAUGCCCGAACUGGCUUGAACGGACUGCAGCUGGCAGUGCUGGCCAGGUUAAGCUCUAGGAAGAUGUUCUGUAAGAAGAGUGGACAAACCUAUUCUCCCAGUAGAGUUCUGAUCACUGAGAAUGAUGUGAAGGAAGGUCUUCAGCGAUCCCACAUUUUAUAUGACCGGGCAGGAGAAGAGCACUACAACUGCAUCUCCGCCUUGCACAAGGCCAUGCGAGGCUCGGACCAGAAUGCUUCCCUCUACUGGCUGGCACGCAUGCUUGAGGGAGGAGAGGACCCACUCUAUGUGGCAAGGAGGCUGGUGAGGUUUGCCAGUGAGGACAUCGCCAGGUGUUGAGGUUUUCGUUGGACAGUUCCUGAGGUAGAAAUGGAAGACUCUGGACACCAUUUAAAGACAAAGAACAGCUUUUUUUUUUUUUUUUUUUUUUUUUUUGCCUUUGUAAAUGUUUUGUUUUUAAUGUACCCAUACUUGUGAAUGUCUUCAUGGCCUUUGGUCCUCUCAGUAUUUGUUUUAGUCUCUUGUUUUUCCUACUACUAGAUAUAAAAUUUUUACCCACAAGGAGCCAGUUCUGGACACCACAGUUAUCACUCAGUAAAUAUUUCUUGAAUAAGUUAAUGUGAUCAAUGAUCAGUGAUAAGUUCCAUUUCUUUUGCUAAAUGGGACUAUUUUUGUCACCAAGUCUAUAAGCAGUUAUGGUCUCUGGUUGCGGCAACACGCGGACAAGUGGGGAUGAUAGUGUGUGUUGUGACUUAACUCCUUUGUCUCUCUGUGUGUGUGACAGGUCUGGCAGACCCGUCUGCAUUAACACAAGCAGUUGCUGCCUACCAAGGCUGUCAUUUUAUAGGCAUGCCUGAAUGUGAGGUAAAGUAAACAGCUCCCAUCUUUACAAAUCCAUUCCUUUCUCCUGUGUUCCAACCUUUGGUGGAUUUGAAUAUAUGUGGUACCUUCACUAUUGAUGUAUUGGGCCCGCUAGAUUGGGCUCAACCUUUGAAGUUCCGUUGUUUAGAAUUCUAGGCUCUAGAGAGAGAUCAGACCUUCGGUGUGGAUGAAGUAAUUAUUUCAAACUGUCCUUAGGAAUCUCAGGGUUCAGAGAAGGUGCUAAAGUCUUCCUGGGCGACAGAAAGGUUGUGAAGGAGCUAAGGAGGAAGCCCUUGUGGGUUUGCCUCCCAAACAGCAGCUUCCUGUUCAUCUGUUUUAUAUCUUGAGGGUUUAAAAAAAUUUCAUUUUGCAAAAUGUUCUUCAGUCUUUUUUUUUUUUUUAAAGGAGAAGCACUGGCCUGGCUUGUCUCUCAUUCAUAGGGAUUUCUUCUCUAGUUAUCCAGACUAGGCAAAAAAUGGAGAUAAAAAAGAAUGAUGGGAAUCUUUUUAAAAAGUUAACUGGAGGUAUCUUAAAGCACUCUGCCAAACAGAACCUUUCUGGCACCUCCUUGGUAAUGUGUCCUUCUGUAUCCUAGGUGCUUCUGGCCCAGUGUGUGGUCUAUUUCGCGAGAGCCCCAAAGUCCAUUGAGGUGUACAGCGCUUAUAAUAAUGUCAAAGCCUGCCUGAGGAACCACCAGGGCCCUCUGCCCCCGGUGCCCCUGCACCUGAGGAACGCACCA